AUGUUUAUUUUAGUGAUUCAUGUUAAUCCAAAUUCUACAAGAUAUAGGAGUUCGUCUGUAAGGGUUGAAUUGAAACGAAGAUUCGGAGCCCCAUUGGAGAGUCGUUGUUUGAAAAGUCGAUCUAGAGAGUUUGUUGUGAUAAUAAUUGAGUCAUCAGAUCAUCCGGUUUGUCAAGAUCUGGUGCAAGAUUUGAUUGGAUACGUGCGAGAAGAUCGGAAAGAAGGUGGGCAGAUGAGUUUACUUUUAGUGCUGUUCACAGAUUCUCUAUUUUUUGAGGCACAGAUCGCGUUGUGGAGAUUAUCAAGAUUAGAACAUUAUUUGGUAGGGAAUGCUCAUACGCAUAUGGAUUUCCGGUACGAGAUAAAUUCAUUAUUACGUAAAUCGAAUAAGGUGGAAUUUCUUUAUCUUCUCGGUGAGCCUAGGUUAAAUUUGGAACGCUCAUCAGCAGGAUAUCGUGCCGAUCUAGAAUCUGAAAGUGAAAGUGAUGGUUUUGUCACAGACGACGCAUCAAGUUCAGAUAACACCACUUCCCCUACCGCCGAUACAGAAAGAGUUCUUCAAGAUGCACAAGGAACUUUGAUACACUCACCCCCAAGGCAACUUUCUCGAGGACCCAAUCUCCUCCGCCAUGUUAUCCGCCAAAGGCACUCUACAGACGAAGAACAAGGAACGCCGCCUACUACCAAUGCCAAGAAGGUUUGCCCGACAACACCUGCCCAGACACCUCCCAGAAAGACAACUAUAAAGACAACCAAAAUCGUCACUCAAAGGACACCUGUUAAAAAAACACCUAUCAAAAAAACACCUAUCAAAAAUAACAACAGGACGCCACACAAGACUGCCAAAUCUACAAAGUCGGAACCGAUGAAGGGAAAACAAAUUGACCUGAAACCACAACCGAGAAUCACUCGCAGUACGAGACAACACAAGGUCGAAUGGGUGGUUAAACAAUUGAUCCAAUUCAAAAGAAAUUCAAUCCAUAAUGUCCUUGACACGUUGAGACAAAACUUUGAAGUACUAGAACAUCUCAAUCAUAUCAGAGUCAAACCCGGCAAGAUCGUGGCCCCCGAUCUGCUCGACUGUCUUCAACCUCUAGAGAUCUCUGGUGCUAACCAGACGUUCGAUUUAGGCCCCAUGACAUUUCAGACGUUUAUGGAUCUCAUAAAAACAACUAACCAAAAUCUUUAA